GCUGAACCAAUGAGCGCUGUGCCUUGUUUUCGGUUUCCCAUUACCCCACUUUGUCCUUCACGCUUCCCUUUCACUUCACUUCACACUCCUACACUCUACAUCUCACACCCUUCCUUCAAAGCAGCUCAAGCUGGCCCCUCCUUCCCCCAUCUCCAUUUACGGAUACACUUUCAACCACGUUCUUCUCCCAAACAGUCUACCAUCAUCCGCUCAUCCACUGGCCGACAUGCUUCUCGAGAUCUCCUGUGCCACUGAUUUUCUCUGCCGCUACGUUGCCAGUUCCUCCUCUUGCACCCCUCAGAUCGUCGAAGCCUUCAAGAGGCAAGUCGUUGCAUUGAUGCAAGAAAAAUACACUGACCAUUGGGACCCUCAAAGGCCGCACUACGGCAACGGAUACAGAGCCAUCACUUCUUUUGGUGGCAAAGUCGAUCCACUGUUGUGUGAGGCCGCCAAAAAGAGCGAUCUACCACUGGAGACCCUUGCUGGCUAUAUUCCAAAGGAUCUCGUCCUUUGGAUUGAGCCAUUCUCGGUCUCGUUCCGCCUCGGUGACCACGGCACCAUCAACACGAUCUACGAUGCCUCGCGUGGCAAGGUUCCGUUGAGGCCCGACACUCAGGGUUUCCAGCCAAAACCUCUUGGUCGGCCUUCCCACGCUGUUCGCAUCUCACCUCCACCCUCUCCUCCCAACCGCACAGUCCGGGUCUCGCGCGCCGUCCCUAUUACGAGCCCAUUGACAAAGACACAGAUCAUAACCCCAAGUGCGACUCCCUCACCACCUUCGUCCAAGAUUCCCAUCAUGGCUCACUAAAUGCCUUUGUAUAUUUGACUCCCAUAUUCAGCUAGUCGUUUCUGUUUUAUUCCCUGGCAUUUGCUUGUACCAUUAGUAGAUCUCUUUCAUUAUCGCCUACACUUUUAUUUGUUCGUUCAUAAAAAUAAAUACAAAUUGCUUCAUUUUUAAUGUUCAAAAAC